AUGCUCUCCAACAAUAAUCACCGUGGUAAUAAUAUUGGUGGUGAUGAAAGUGAUGGAAGUGAUGACGAAUUUCCAUCAAGAGCAGCAUCAAAUUAUGUGGGUGGAGAUUUUUAUGAUGAAUUUGGUAAUUAUAGAGGAGCCGAGUUGAGUAGUGAUGAGGAAGAUCUUGAUAAUACACAAAAUAGAGGCAUCAUUUCUAUUGAUGAUUCAUCAAUAUCUAAGCCUUCAUCAGUGGUUCUCCAUGAAGAUAAAGAAUAUUAUCCAACAGCUGAGGAAAUUUAUGGUGAAGGUGUGGAUGUGAUGGUAGAAGAUGAAGAUCGUCAACCAUUGGAAAAGCCUAUCAUUGAACCUGUUAAAAGCACAACAUGGAAUUUAGUAGAGAAGGAAUACAACGAAGCUCAACCUGUAAAUUUCUCAUGGGAAUACCUUUUAGAAUUAAUGAAAAUUCCUAGCAGCAUUAGAAAUAUUUCUAUUGUUGGUCAUUUACAUCACGGAAAAACAUCAUUUGUUGAUCAAUUAGUUCGUUUCACACACAACAAUUAUAGGGAUUAUCAACUUGACAAGGAUUUAAAUUAUACUGAUAUUCGUCCAGAUGAACAUCGUAGAGGAUUGAGCAUCAAAUCAUCACCAAUGACUCUCUUGCUCGAGAGUACCAAACAAAAAUCUUACCUGGUAAAUAUUAUGGACACUCCUGGUCAUAUUAACUUUUCUGAUGAAUUAACUGCAUCAAUGAGAAUUUCCGAUGGUAUUGUUCUUGUAGUUGAUGCUCUUGAAGGAGUAAUGUCAAAUACUGUGGAAAUUAUCAAACAAGCAGUACAAGAAAGAUUACCAAUUGUAUUACUUAUCAAUAAGUUGGACAGAUUAAUUUUGGAACUCAAAUUACCUCCAAAUGAUACAUACCACAAACUAAAACACACAAUUUCAGAGGUGAAUAAUAUUUUAAAGAAUACAAUUCAUGAUGAAUCCCUAAAGGAUAGUUACAAUAUUAAGGAAGCUAAUAGUAAUGAAUUUCCAACAACAAUUUUAUCUCCAGAUAUUGGAAAUGUUUGCUUUGCUAGCUCUAAAACUGGAGUUUGCUUUACUCUUGAAUCAUUUGCCAAGAUUUAUGCUGAUCAAAAAAAGAAUUUCAAUUACAAGGAAUUUGCAAAGAGAUUAUGGGGAGAUUUAUAUUUUGAUAGAAGCACUAGAGGAUUUUCUAAAAAUCCAAAUGAACUCUCAAAACGAUCCUUUGUAGAAUUUAUUUUGGAACCAUUGUACAAGAUUUAUUCACACAUUGUUGGUCAAGAUCCAGAAGAGCUGGAUGGAACUUUGAGAAAGAUUAGUGUAAAACUCAACAGCCAAGAAUUAGCUCUUGAUCCUAAUCCAUUAAUGAAAUGUACAUUUAGAGCUCUUUUUAAUUCUCCAUCAGGUUUUGUCGACAUGUUGGAGAGAUACAUUCCUGCUCCAAGUAGUUCUUAUGGUGGUAACAAGACAAAGGUUGAAAACUUUUACACAGGAACUUUGGACACUAAAACGGCUAAAGAUAUGAUUAAUUGUGACUCUAAUGGAGAUUUAGUAAUUUACAUUACCAAAUUAUUCCCUAGGCCAGACUAUUCUUCAUUUGAUGUUUUCGGUAGAGUAAUGAGUGGUACCCUCAAAAAAGGUGAUGCUGUUAAAAUUUUGGGAGAGGGAUAUACACCAUCUGAUGAAGAAGACAUGUCAAUUACUGAUGUUUCUAAUUUAUAUAUUUAUAAUUCAAGAUAUAGAAUUAAUGUUGAUAGUGUUAGUGCUGGUAAUUGGGUUUUAAUAGAAGGUAUUGAUGCAACCAUCAGCAAGACAUCUACAUUGUACAAAUCUACAGCAAGCUCCAAUACUUUUAUUUUCAAACCUUUAACAUAUAUGAACCAAUCAGUGAUGAAAAUUGCUGUUGAGCCACUCAAACCAUCAGAAUUACCAAAAAUGAUGGAAGGUCUGAGAAAGAUCAAUAAGAGUUUCCCACUUGUCACAACAAAGGUUGAAGAAAGUGGUGAACAUAUUCUUCUUGGUACCGGUGAACUCUAUCUGGAUAUUGUUAUGCACGAUUUGAGAACAUUAUAUUCAGGCAUUGAAAUUAAGGUAUCUGACCCUUCGGUAACUUUCUGUGAAACAGUAGCUGAAACAUCAUCUGUAAGAUGUUCCUCACAAACACCAAAUAACAAGAAUCAACUUGUAAUGGUUGCUCAACCUUUGGAAAGAGGACUAACUCAAGAUAUUGAAAGUGGAAGAAUCAAUCUCGACAAGAUGGGCAGCACUGUCAGAGAGGAUAUUAUGAAAACAAAAUAUGGCUGGGAUGAAUAUACUACAAGUAGAAUUUGGUCAUUUGGUCCAGAAGUUAAUGGUCCAAACGCACUCAUCAAUGAAACAUUUGAAGGUGAAGUUGACCAGAAACUCUUAUCCACUGUAAAGGAUUCAAUUGUACAAGGUUUCAGAUGGAGUACAAAGGAAGGACCACUCUGUGAAGAACCAAUUAGAAAUGUUAAAUUCAGACUUUUAGAAGCUUCGAUAUCUGAAGAUAGAAUUGCCAGAACUGGUGGUCAAAUCAUUCCAACAACACGUAGAGUUUGUUAUUCAAGUUUCCUCUCUGCUACUCCACAAUUGAUGGAACCAAUUUCACUUGUUGAAAUUCAAUCACCAUUAGAAACACUGGAAAUUGUCCACAAAAUUUUGGAAAGAAGAAGAGGUCAUGUCAUUGAAGAUGAACCAAAACCAGGUACACCUCAUUACAUUCUCAAAGCUUAUGUACCAGCCAUUGAUUCAUUUGGUCUUGAAACUGAUAUGAGAUUGAGUACUAAGGGCAGAUCAUUCUGUCUCUCUAAAUUUGACCACUGGGAUAUUGUUCCUGGUGAUCCACUAGAUACUUCCAUUACCAUUGCACCACUCGAGCCAAGUCCUUUACAUGCUCUUGCACGUGAAUUCCUUCUCAAGACAAGAAGAAGAAAGGGACUUUCUGAUGAAAUUAAUUUUAAUUAA